GAUGACAGAUGAGUGUGUUACUAUGGAUGCAGCGGAGUGAACUGAAAACCAAAGUGAAGCGUUUCAAGUUUUCAUUGGCUCGCAAUCAAUCUCAGCGAGAUCUGUGUCAGCAUGCUCUCAGCCCUGGCUGAGGCACGCAAAGCUGGGACACCAACAAAUCCUCCUUAAAUAUCCCCUCCUCUCGCGUGGCCCUCUGCAGCUGCCGCGGGAGGAGAGGGGAUCGCUUUCGGGUGUAUAUGGAAAACAGCGUUCCCAUCUGACAGAGGGAUAUAUCACUCACAAGGUGGAAACAUUUGCAGAACGGCGUCUUGAAAAAGACUUCACUAAGCAAAUGGGUCAUUCUACAGAAACGUCCACUUUUGAUUGACAGAGAUGUUAUUUUGCUAAUGGAGGAUUCAGCUCUGGCCAACUAUAUUCCCUCAUAUGGAGAUAGACUUGCUCUUUUCAAUUUUUGCCGCAACCAAAACCCUGCUUCCAAAAGGAAGUUGGGUCUGUUUGAAAGACUGAGAGAAAAGAUGAAACUGAGAAAGCAAUCUACAACUGAACCCCUGUCUGAAGAGACACCUGAGACUUCUAAACCCAAAUCCAGAGCCAAAGCAUGUAAGCGACAGAUUGAAAUUGGCUGGAUUCAUACAGAAAACAAAGAAACAAAACAGGUCAGAACAAAACAAGGAGGAGGUACUAGAAAGGUUGCAAUGGACAUUAAUGCAGGAUACAAUGAGAUCCUUAAAGAAGGUAAAGAACUUUUCUUCCCAGAUGGAAAUUCUUGUAAGGGUGAUGAAUGUGACUUCACAUUUGAAGUUUGGGACUUCAGACAAAACGUUCUUCCCAGUGAUGUCUCCAUUGGCACAAUACAUGAGGCAGUGAAACUGCCAAAUUUGCGCUUCUACAUAGCUACUAGCCCAAACGAGUCAGCUGACAGUACUUCAAAUAUUGAGUCUGAAAGUGAAAAUAAUGAUGAGACCAGCAUCAUCUCACUACAAAGUGAUUAUAGUGAAGAUUUAACAGACUCUUCUACAAUGCCCACUAACAACACAGAUUAUUCAGUUGUUACACAUUUUCCAGUGGUACCUGGCCUGAAAAUUACAUUAGCUGAGGAAGUUUUCAUCAUGGCAGAUGAUGUAGUGAAUGACCCACUUAAUAUUUCUGACCCUGAAAUCACAUUUGGCCCUUACUCAGGAGAUGAAUCUGACCUGGAGAACACAUUUGUUUAUCUGCCUCCAGAAACCACUGAAACUGGCAUUCAAACAAAACAAAUAAUUAUACGUCAUGGAAACUGCCUCGGAUGACAUGAUCAAUGAAUGUUCUGACCCCGAGACUUUGACCAGCCAACUGGGAUUUAGACGCUUAUUGCCAGACAAUUCAGAGGAAGCUGGCUGUGGGUCAGGGGUUCUCCGAGAUGUAUAUAGUACCUUCUGGCAAGAAUUCUAUGAUCGUUGUACACUUGGAACUACAAUGAAAGUUCCUUUUAUUAGACAUGAUUUCCAAGCUGACUCUUGGAAAGCUGUUGGCAGAAUUUUCCUGAAAGGUUACAAAGACUGCCAGUACAUUCCAAUAAAGCUGGCCCCCCCUUUUAUGGAGGAGAUGCUUUUUGGUGCAGUAUACAGUGACCUGAUAGAGUGCUUCCUUCAGUUUGUAAGCACCCACGAACGGGAAAUUCUUCAACGUGCAUUACAGGAUUUCUCUUCUGUUGAACUUGAUGAACUGUUGGAAGUUCUUGACAGCUAUGAAUGCCGCAGAAAAAUCUCUGCAGAAAACUUCUCAGAAAUUCUGAAGGAGAUUUCCCACAAAGAGCUUGUCCAAAAGCCAAUGUUUGUGUUAGACUGUUGGAAGGACAUCACACAAUCACAAAUCUCCCUUACUUUUGAUGAGCUAAAAGAGAUGUAUGCUAAACUCUUACCAACAACUAAAAAGGUCUUAGGACUUUUGCAGUUCCCUGCUGAUAUGACAGCAAAGCAAAGAGAAGUAGCACAUCAUCUGAAAAGGUACCUCAGAGAAAUAGAUGAUGAGAAACUAGGAAAGUUUCUGAGGUUCUGCACAGGAUGUCACUUGAUUGUGUCAGACCACAUCUCUGUUGAGUUUGCAGUGAUGUCAGAUUUCACAAGGCGCCCUAUUGGGCGUACAUGUGGGAUGUUCCUUCAGCUGUGUGAGAACUAUGAGAAUUUUCCAGACUUCCGUGCUGAAUUUAAUGCUGUUUUGGAGAGCAACAUUUGGGUAAUGGACAUUGUUUAACAUGUAGUUGUCCACCUCAUUCAGAAUAUCUGAAAAAUCUUUUUGAUUUGUUUGAUUUGGAUUUGAUUUACAGAAAUCAAAAUUUUAGCAUAAGUUAAAGAUGAAUUAACACAUGCCCCCUUGCUUGUUUGGUUUUAGCAAUGUUGCCUUGGAAAUCUUAGCUUGAUGAUUGCAAUUAUACAAGCAAAUGCUUGAAAAAUAAAAUAAAAUGUCAUUUAAAUCCCAGUUUUAAUUAUGCUGUAAAUUGUUAAGAAUGUAACUGCUUGAUCACAUUUUAGAUACAGAUACAGAUAAAAAGACACUAUUGUCUGUCACACACUGAUACUUGUAAUUGUAUGCUCAAAUGUUUUAUUGUCAAUUUUCAGUGCAGACUCAAAGUUCCUUUAGAAAAUGUUUCUGUUAAAAUCCAAGGAGUUUUGUGCCAAUUUAACAGAUUUUGAAAUUUCAAAAUGUUUUCAUGUUUCAAUAAGCAGUGCUGUUCAUUGUUCACAUUUUGUACUAAAUAAACAAUUUUCUUAAAGAUGAAAUGUACAUAUACAAAAACAUGUGCAUA